AUAAAUCAUAAUUGUCUCUCCUGAUGUUGAUCAGUAGGUGGCGCCAAAGGGAAGGCUCAGGUAACCCUCUCCCCUGUCUUCUAACACGUCCGCAGUCCCGCUACAAAUGCUGCUGAACCCGCUACAUCCUCAUUACUGCAGAGAACUAGCUUAGAGUCACGAUGAGCGGACGAGGCAAAGGAGGGAAAGGUUUGGGCAAAGGAGGCGCCAAGCGCCACCGCAAAGUCCUCCGAGACAACAUCCAGGGAAUCACCAAGCCCGCCAUCCGCCGUCUGGCUCGCCGCGGGGGAGUCAAGCGGAUCUCCGGCCUCAUCUACGAGGAGACCCGCGGGGUGCUCAAGGUCUUCCUGGAGAACGUCAUCCGUGACGCCGUGACGUACACCGAGCACGCCAAGAGGAAGACCGUCACCGCCAUGGACGUGGUGUACGCUCUCAAGAGGCAGGGCCGCACUCUGUACGGCUUCGGGGGUUAAACUCACAUUACAGCGAA